UACGUGGUUUUAAAAUGCGCUAACAGAGUUUCUAGUGUUGCUACCACCCUAUAAGUCGGUUCUGUUUGCCAAAUCUAAAUAAAAGAAAAUGUUGCUGCGAUUAAGUCGGAUCGGUGUAAUGACAUGGCAAGUCUGGUCAGGUUAAUAUGCUUCAAAACUGAACAUAACGUAGGCUACUUGCGUUAACGGUUAAGGCAGUGCUUCCAGUCUUAUCAGUUGUACCUAUUUCGGUGAAAAUGGAACCGGAAAACCACUGAUGGAACACUAUAACUCCCAGGUAUUCUUAGGCAAACUAUAGACUUUACAGCGCUUAAAUUAUAUCUCUGAGGGUGGCGCUGCAACUCUGGAUAAAAAGCAUGCGAAUAGUUUAGGGGGCCUCUAUCGGCUCCUGUGCUUGUGCGUUCACAUUUGCACUGUUUUCACUUGGGGCUAUGUAUUGCUGGUACCGCCUGUGCCACCUGUCAAGGCUCGUAAGCCGUCUGUGCCCUGAUCAACGGCAGCGUGCAGCGCUCGCCUUUCUCGCACCUCUGUCCGUCCCUCAUCUUUCUAGAGGCGCACCGACGGAGGGUUAGGGCAGGUGAUGUAGCCUAACGCCCGGAUACUCUUACUGUGAAGUUUAUGAGGCAGCCUAGCAAUCGCCAGAGUGAACGCGAGUAGUUCAGGCGUCGGAGGCGCAACCGUACAUUAGCCAGAUUAGGGAUUGUCUGUGACCACGCAUCCAGACGCGACCCCUUUCCCUUUACAGAUUAAAGAAACAUCGGCUCAAGGACAACCGCAAAGGGAUUACAGGCGGGUUGUCUCUUUGAGAUCCACACAACGUAAAUAAAACAGAUUGAUAAUUGUAUCUAUUACUGAAUGCCUUUCGUUGGAUGUGGACCGCGUUGUGCACCACUGUAAGAUGUUACACCACUGAGGAACCUGCAAGGCAGCAGCUACAGCAUGUCAUCUGAGCCUACAGUGAGCCCCACUCAAGCGUUUGAGGAGUGAGUGAAGAUGAGGAGGCCUUGGCUGUGGAUAUGGCUGGGCAUAGGCAUCAGCGUUCUCUCUCCUCUCUACCUCGUCUGGGCCCAGGACACUGAAGACUGGCAGUAUGAGGAGUGUAAGCUGUCCCGGUCAGGGCCCCCGGCCACCAUCGUCACCAUUGAUGAAGAGAGUCCCAACGGUACAGUCCUUGUGGAGAACAUGCAGAUAAAUGGACGAGCACAGGACCCUGACAGAACCAUCUCUUUGACCCUGUUGGACAACUACGACUACUGGGUCAUACUGGACUCAGCCCGACAGAGACUCUUUCUUAACAGCACCGGCAGGGUUCUGGACCGAGAUCCCCCAUCCUCCAUCACCACCAUAGUUGUCCAGGUGCAGUGCACCAACGAGCUGGUGGGGACGGUGAUCCUGCACGAGGUGAGGAUCGUAGUGAGGGACCGCAACGACAACACGCCCAGCUUCAGGCAGCCCCGCUACUACGUGGCCGUCAACGAGCUCACUCCGGUCGGGACCACCAUCUUCACCGGAUUUUCAAUGAACAACGGAGCGAGGGACAUCGACGACGGACCCAACGGGCAGAUUGAAUAUGGCAUCCAGUACAAUCCAGAUGAUACGGUGUCCAAUAGAACAGUGCGCGUGGCCAGUACUCUAACAGGAAACCUUGUUCUGGCAGAGAGGCUGAACUACGAAGAAAGGACACGGUAUCUGGUCAUCAUCCAGGCCAAUGACCGGGCUCCGUAUCCAGGGAGCCGGCGGACGGCAACCACCACCCUGACUCUGGAUGUGGUGGACGGAGACGACCUGGGGCCCAUGUUCCUGCCCUGUGUGCUGGUCAACAACACGCGAGACUGCAGCCCCAUCACCUACCGCGUGUCAAUCCCUGAGUUCACUGAUCAUACUACACUGAACCCUCUGCAGGUGGUCCCACCCAUCAGGGCCGUGGAUCAGGACCGCAACAUCCAACCACCGUCUGACCGACCAGGAAUCCUCUACUACAUCCUGGUUGGUCAUCCGGCGGCCUACGGUGAAUACUUCUCUCUGAACAGCACAACAGCAGAGCUGCUCCUGCUCAAGCCAGUCAGCAGAGACCUCUUUCACGCCUUCACUCUCGUCAUCAAGGCAGAACAAGACAACGGCCACCCUCUGCCAGCGUUUGCCGACCUGAUCAUUGAGGUGCUAGACGAGAACAACCAGGCACCGUACUUCCUGCAGGCCACCUACCAGGGCUACGUCAGCGAAGCCUCGCCCGUGGGAACCACCAUCUCCAUCAGUGCCAACCUCACGGCCCCGUUGGGCAUCAUUGCCCUCGAUAACGACAUAGAAGAGCUGGAACCUGGUGAUAUUCCUACAAAAGACCCGCAGGUCCUGAUAACGCUUGGCGAUUUCACCUCCAUCUUCACCAUCACUCCUGUGGGGAUCACACGCUACAUCACCCUGCUUAAACCUGUGGACCGGGAGAAGCAGAUGACCUACACCUUCACGCUGAUGGCAUCUGAUGGGGUUCAGCAGAGCAUGCCUGUGACCAUCAACAUCCUGGUCAUCGAUGCCAAUGACAACACACCCACCUUCUCCCAGGUGUCCUACAGUGUGGAGGUGUUCACUGAUAUGCAGUAUGGUGAGACUGUACUACAGCUGACUGCUCUUGAUGCUGAUGAAGGACUGAAUGGUGUGGUGUCAUACUCCAUCUUGGCCGGCGACCAGGGGGACUUUAUCAUCAAUAACCGCACGGGGCGCAUCACCAUAGCGCCAGGGGUGACGAUGAUGGUGGGCCGCUCCUACGCUCUGACGGUCAGAGCGGCCGACAACGCCCACGAAGCCGAGAGAAGGAGCUCCAUCACUACUGUGUACAUCGAGGUGCUGCCCCCCAACAACCAGAGUCCUCCUCGCUUCCCCCUUCUCACCUACAACCUGGAGAUCAGCGAGGCCAUGAGAAUCGGAGCUAUACUGGUCAACCUGCAGGCCACGGACCGUGAGAUGGACCCCAUCACAUAUCACAUCCAGAGAGGAGAUGAUCAGGAGGUGUUCAACCUCACUGAAACUAUAGGCCUGCUGCUUCUCGCCAAGCCUCUGGACCGGGAGACCACUGACCAGUACCUUCUCAUCGUCACGGCGUCCGACGGCCACCCUGGCUCGACAUCCACUACUACUGUGAACAUUGUGGUGACAGACGUCAACGACAAUGACCCCACCUUUGACCUGACCCUGCCCAGGAACCUCACCGUCCAGGAGGAGAGGGCCGACCUCUUUGUCGGGCGAGUCAGGGCCACAGAUCCGGAUGCAGGGAAGAAUGGAGAGGUGCGUUAUCGACUGCUAACGCAUGCCUCGCUCUUCAACAUAACGGCCAACGGCAGCAUCUACACAGCAGUGCCAUUGGACCGAGAGAGAUUCGGCUUCUACGAGCUGGUGGUGGAGGCCUCGGACGGGGCGGUGGACCCGCGGCGCACCACCCUCAUCCUGCAGGUGGAGGUCAUCGACAUCAAUGACAACAGCCCUGUCUUCUCGGAGCCCGUUUACACCGUGAAUGUUCCGGAAAACAGCCCUGCUAGGACUGUCAUUCUGCAGCUCUCCGCAUUUGAUGCUGAUCUGGACUCUAAUGUCACGUACCGCAUCAGGUCAGAGGAGGCUAAGCAGCUCUUUACUGUAGACAGGCUGACAGGGGCGCUGUCCAUCCUGCAGUCUCUGGACUUUGAGGACCUGAGCGGGGAGGAUGGGGCCACCUACACCUUCCAGGUGGAGGCACUGGACAUUGGGGGCAUCCUCCCCCCAGGCGUCGCCACGGUGAUUGUUAAGAUCAAGGACAUGAACGACUUCUCUCCAGUGUUCAGACAGGCACUCUACAAAGGCCUGGUGGCACCCAACGCCGAGAAGGGAACUGUCAUAACCAGAGUGUUUGCUGAGGACCAGGACCCCCCGGGCACACCUGCCAGCUUGGUACGCUAUCGAGUGGAUCAGGAGCAAUCACCCUACAGUGGCAGCAUUUUUGAUGUAGAAGAGGAUACAGGAAGGAUUAUCACCAAGGUCAACCUGAACGAGGAGCCGAGCACUACUUUCACCCUGGUGGUGAUAGCCUUUGAUGAGGGUGAGCCAGUGAAGAUGAACAGCACAUUGGUGGAGAUCACGGUGUUGCAGCCCUCCCGCAUCCCCAUCUUCACCCUGGAGGAGUACAGGUUUCCCCCGGUCAGUGAGAAUGCCGCGGUUGGCCGGGCAGUGGGUCUGAUCCUUGCUGCAGCGAUUAACACCACCAUAUUCUACUCCAUAGUGGGGGGCAAUGAAGGAGGGAAGUUUGUGGUGAACAACCGCACGGGGAUGAUCUACACAGCCAAUCGGCUGGACUACGAGGAGGUCAACACCUACGUGUUGCGAGUGCAGGCCGAUUCUCUCACCAUCGUGUUGGCAAACCUGCGGGUGCCCUCCAAAUCAAACACGGCGAAGGUGUUCAUCGAUGUGCAGGAUGAGAAUGACCAUCCUCCUGUUUUCGGCAGGAAGCUCUACAUCGGGGGUGUAACUGAGGACACCAGAACCUUCACUUCUGUCCUCAAAAUUGUGGCCACGGACAAGGACACAGGGAAUUACAGUAAGAACGCCUACCGUCUGAUCAUCCCCCCCACGGCUGAGGGCCAGGACAGCUUUGUGAUCGAGAAGUACACUGGCAUCAUCAAGUCAGCCAUCUCGUACCGCAACAUGCGCCGCUCCUACUUCAAGUUCAAGGUCAUCGCCACUGACGACUACGGGAAGGGCCUGAGCAGCAAUGCAGACGUAGUGGUCUCUGUGGUGAAUGCCCUGGACAUGCAGGUGGUGGUGUCCAACGUCCCUCCUUGGGUUGUAGAGGAGAACAAAGAACAACUCAUAAGUAUUUUAGAGCGGUACGUGCAGGAUCAGAUUCCUGGGGCCAAAGUGAUAGUGGAAUCGAUUGGACCUCGUCGGCAUGGCGAUGGACUUGAGGACUACACUAAAUCCGACUUGGAUAUCUACGCCAUCGACCCACUCACCAACCGGGCCAUCACCCGCCAGGAACUCUUCAAGUUUCUGGACGGCAAGCUGCUGGAUAUCAACAAGGAGUUCCAGCCGUACCUGGGCCAGGGCGGUCGCAUUCUGGAGAUCCGCUCGCCGGACAUUGUUGCCAGCGUGAAGAAGGCGGCGCAGGCGGUGGGCUACACGGAGGGCGCGCUGCUCGCCCUGGCCAUCAUCAUCAUCCUCUGCUGCAUACCCGCCAUCCUCAUCGUCAUGGUUACCUACAAACAAUUCAAAGAGAGACAGGCAGAGUGUUCCAAAACUGCCCGCAUCCAAGCGGCACUUCCCCCCAAGACUGCUGCCCCUCCUCCUCCAAAAGCCACAACCAAUCUCUACGAGGAGCUAGGAGACGGCGGCACGAGACGUGGAGGGUACGGCAGAGAGCAGCAGCUGUUGAGGCCCUCUCUGCUUAGACCCGAGGCACGGUCCAUGGAAUCCGGUAUCGACCCUGGGCAAGAGUACUAUGGCUAUGACCCAGGCUAUGAUAUUCCUCAGUACGGCAGUCGCAGGAAGCUCCUUCCUCCGGGCCGUAUGUAUGAUGAGUAUGGGGAGGUCAUCAUGGAGGACGAUGGCUACUACUAUGAGCCUCCUGGGCGGAGGAAGCGUGUCAAGCUGGUGCUGGAUGGCGAGACCACCAGCUCCACCGGAGACGACAGCGCUCCUGACGUCCUGCGCAACAACCGAGCCACCACCACAACCACCACCACCACCACACCCUCCACCACCACCACCCCCACCAGCACCCACAGCACCCACAGCAACCUCAACGGCUCCGUCUACCUCGCCCAGAACGGCUCCAUCAUCCGCACGCGCCGCCCCCCCCACCCCUACGUGCACCCCCUCCCCCACACCAACAACCUCAAGCAGGGCUCGCCCGGACGCCUGGCCAAGCAGUUCAAAAAGCUGGACAAGCUGGGCAUCACGCACGAGGAGCAGCUCCCGCUCAACGGGACCGCCGACCACACCACGUCGCAAAUCAACCUGAACAUCGGGCUCUCCAACAGCACGCUGGGCGGCUUGGGUCACGGGUACGACAGCUGUGGCGGCUCCAAGGCGGCCGACGUGCUCAACAAGGUGCCGCCGCCGUCGUCAGUGCCGAUGCAGCAGAGGAACGGCAGGGGGCGCUGUGGGCUGGAGCGGGAAACGGCCGUGGACAGCGAAGACGGCAGGGACUGCUCGAAGACGCCCAGCGAGCACACGGUGUCAGAGGACGAGGAGCUGUGGAUGGGGCCGUGGAACAGCCUUCACAUACCAAUGACCAAACUCUGAUCAACACACAUAGAAACGCACACAUUUCCAUUUACACACCAACACGCACAUUUGACGUUCUCUCCAUAGCUGUAGUGUCAUUCUGAAGCUUUCUUCUUUUUCUUCCUUUUCAGUUGUGAUUUUUAACGGCUUGGUUUUAUUUACUUUUUAUUUCAAUGAUCAAACAAACUGAACAUGUCAUUUUUUAUAUGCCUCUCUGCUCUGUAUGCAGCUGCCACUACUGACAAAAAACAGUGGUGUUGAUAUUUUUACUACCUGUCCAAAUCACAGACAGGAACUGUAAAAGAAAAGAAGUUGAUGGUGGUGAUGAUGAUGAUGAUGAUGAUUAUGAUUAUAAUGAAUUUGGCUUCUGUGAUCAUGAGAAAGAUGAGUGCAAUGAACAGUGAUUUUCAUAAUGAUUAUAAAAGUUAUAUAAAUUGUGACUAUGAAGGUGAUAGUGACAAUAGUGAUGAUGAUGAUGAUGAUGAUGAUGAUCAUGAUGAUGAUGAUGAUGAUGAUGAUAAGUACACAGGGCUGUUACCAAGGCAAGAAAUUUAAUGUGUCCACUUAUUGGCUUUGAAAGAACUGUAGCAGACUUGAUCUUUUGUUAUCAUUAGAUAUUGUCUUAUGAUUAUGUGAUUGAUUUAAAAGAUAAUAUACAUUUUUGGCAUCCUUUCAUUGACAGUAAAUCACGGUUGCUUUUACCAGUCAGAGAUUAAACCUGUAUCUUUAAAAUGAUUGUGACUUAUUUUUAAAAAAAGAAAUGGAUAUUCCUCAGAAAUGCAGUUUUAUACAACUUACAGUAAAUAUAUACAUCAAUGCUUUUUUAUUACGUCAGUGUUUCAAAUUAAUUAUCAUAUUUUAUUUUAUGCUGUUAUGAAAAAAAAAUAACAUUUUAGUAUUAGAUUUUGUUUUCUUUUGUACUGAUGAAAUUAUAAAAAGAAUUUGGAUAUUUCUGUAUUUCAGAGUAUAUGAAAAUGUAAUGCAAACAUAUUUGUCAAUAAAAUGGCAAUGUGCUGAUUUUUGUAACCAAAGUU